CUCUCAAGUUAUCAAGCUUAUAAAACACGAAAGCAAGAAGAAGAAGAAGCUCCAAAGUCAAGGGAGCAAAUCAACCAAUCCCCUUCCUUGGAUCAAUUCACCCUGAGAAACCUUCUCCAAAUCCAAAUCCAUUUUCUCUUAUAAAUCCACCCAAAAAAAAAUGAAGUCGAAUUCACCAAAAUGCAUCCCCGUAGUCUCAACCUUCGCAUCACCCUUCGACGUAACUCCACCAUCCUCCGACACAACACGUAAGCCUCUGAGUCUCUGGCCCGGCAUGUACCACUCUCCCGUCACCAUCGCUCUAUGGGAAGCGAGGUCGAAGAUCUUCGAGUCUCUCCUCGAUCCUCCUAAAGACGCGCCUCCUCAGAGCGAGCUUCUCACGAGGGCUCCCUCGCAUAGCCGAACCACCAUCUUCUACCCUUUCUCCACUGACUAUAUUCUUCGCGAGCAGUAUAGAGAUCCCUGGAACGAGGUCCGUAUCGGGAUCUUGUUAGAAGAUCUUGAUGCUUUGGCUGGUACCAUCUCCGUCAAGCACUGUUCUGAUGAUGAUAGUACAACGAGGCCACUCUUGCUGGUUACAGCUUCUGUUGAUAAGAUUGUUUUGAAGAAGCCUAUUAGUGUUGACAUUGAUCUCAAGAUUGUUGCUUCUGUCAUUUGGGUUGGCCGCUCAUCCAUCGAGAUUCAACUCGAAGUUAUGCAAUCUGAACUCGAAGAUGUUGAAGCUUCUCCAGAUUCUGUUGCGCUAACUGCUAACUUCAUUUUCGUGGCGCGUGACUCUAAGACUGGUAAAGCUGCACCCAUCAACCGCCUCUCUCCAGAAACCGACCUUGAGAAGGUUCUAUUCGAGGAAGCUGAAGCUAGGAACAACUUGAGGAAGAAGAAACGAGGAGGUGAGAGGAAAGAAUUUGAGAACGGGGAGUAUAACAAGCUCGGAGCAUUGUUAGCUGAAGGAAGGAUCUUCUCCGACAUGCCAGCACUUGCAGACAGGAACAGCAUUCUUCUUAAAGACACCCGUCUCGAGAAUUCUCUAAUAUGCCAACCGCAGCAGAGGAACAUCCACGGCAGGAUCUUUGGAGGUUUCUUGAUGCACAGAGCAUUUGAGUUGGCUUUCUCCACAGCUUAUACAUUUGCUGGUCUAGUGCCUUACUUCUUAGAAGUUGAUCACGUUGACUUCCUCAGACCAGUGGAUGUUGGUGACUUCUUACGUUUCAAAUCGUGUGUGCUCUACACUCAACUGGAUAAACUGGAUUGUCCUCUCAUUAAUAUUGAAGUUGUUGCUCAUGUUACAAGCCCAGAGAUUCGUUCUAGUGAGGUUUCGAAUACAUUCUACUUCAAGUUCACUGUACGGCCAGAGGCAAAGGCUAGAAACAAUGGGUUUAAGCUUCGUAACGUUGUUCCUGCUACAGAGGAAGAAGCUCGUCAUAUACUUGAGCGCAUGGAUGCAUAAGCUUUGCACUGAAGCGAGCAACAAAAGUACACAUAACUAUGCAGUAAUGACUACGUGUUUCUGUUAAUAAAUUAUAACAUUAUCAGGUCCUAUUCUCUAAGCACAGAGUAACUAUGUGGACGCAUUUCUUGUGUUUCUACAUUGUUUACUAAUAAUAAUUCAGUCAAAGAUUUGGC